AUGGGGCAGUCGUUGAAGGCAAAGUCCCUCCCUUCGAGGUCCGGGUCCGUCUCAGAACCGGAGGGGAAGGGCGACCCUGUAGCCAAGGAAGGCAACGAGCGCGGGAGCGACUCAGGCGGCCGGUGGAGCUCGCGGGAGGAGGCAGGUGGUAUUUCCCAGCCCCAGCAAGGCGGAGGUGAGGCCUUCUCAGGGGGCUGGGCCGGCGCGGGACAAGGGAGCGAUUGCUUGCGCUCGGGCAGCGUCUCUGCUCCCCACCAACCCACUCAGACAUCGGUUUCCUCGGGCGUCUACACCGAAGUCAGAGGGGAGAAGGGCUCUCAGGCUGAUGAAAAACCAAAGAAUGAUGUGAUUGUAUUGAGUGACUGGCCUGAGACUCUCUACCAGGAGCCUCACCAUCCCCAGAGCAAGCCUUUCAUCUGCUUCUACUCCAUCAAUGUCAACUAUUUUGUGUCCUUAAACUGGAUGGAGCCACAUUCAAAACAAAUACAGGCAGUACUUUGGGUACAGAAGAAAGAUACAGAAAUGGGAGGAAUCAUAGAGAAGAUGAACUUUCCUGUGAUGGAUCAAGUGCCACCUGUUGAAACAAUGGUCCACACAGGUUCUUCCCACAUGUUAAUUGCUUACUGUGGUGACAUGCACCUGCGGCUCUUCGGAGACCAUCAUCGAGCAUUCAUAUCUCUGGGCACAGUGCCCUGUCGUUUCUCCAUCAGCUGCCUCUGCUAUGACUCAGAAACUGAUAUACUGCUCUCUGGUACCUUGGGGGCUGUGGUUACCUGGCUUAUCAUACCAAACAGCAGGGGCCUCCAGAUGGCACAAAUAAUGCCCAUGCCUGAUCAUGAGCUUGUACAGGGCUUUUCCCUGAAUGGCCCCCAUGGCUCCCUCCUGGCUUUCUGUGAGAAUAUGGUGAGGGUCUUUACCCACCAGGGUCAGGGCCAGCUGAAAGAGGUUAAAAAAUUCACUCCCAUAGCCAGUGGCUCUUCCAUCACUUGCUCAUUCACUUGUGUCUCUCAGGGCUCUUUCUAUGCUGGAAACAAGGAUGGAGAGAUCCAUGCUUGGGGUCUAGACCAGGGUAACUUCCUCCACAGCUUCCAAGCCCAUUCCUCUUCAGUGAUAUGUGUUCACAGCCGGCCAGAGACCUACACUUUACUAACAGCAGGCCAAGAAGGUGUAGUAAAGGAAUGGAAUCUUGCCUUUGGGAACUUGCUGCGGCAGCUGAAUAUUGAUGAAGAUCUGCAGCGACUUCAGUUUAUUGAUAACACCACUUUUUUCUGCCAGACCACCCACAAUUUCUCAUUGCACCACCUGCCUUACUUUUAUAGCCUCUUCAAUGUCUGUGGUUCUGCUCCUGAAAAGGUGCAGCGGGUCUGCUGUGGCCAUAAUUGGACUCGGAUCCUGUGUGCCACUAAGGAUGGUUUGUUGCGCUUCUUGUCUCCAGUAACAGGAGAUCUCCUCGUUAUCACCUGGCCUCUACUUAUCAUGGAUAAGGCCGUGGCUUGGGCCUAUGACUCAGACAAAGAAGAGCUCUUUGUGGCAACAGGCAGUUCAGAGGUGCUGGUGUUUGAUGCAACGCACUCUCCUUGCACAGCCAAGUACCUGGUAUGCACUUCGGUAAAUUCUAGGGAUAGAGUAAGAUGCCUGGCCUACGGGCAGUCCCAUUUGGGUAUGGGCCUAGGAGGACUGAUGUUCUGUGGGCAUGACAGUGGCAUUGUGAGAAUCCUCUCCCACUAUAGCUAUGCCCGAAUAGAAAAGACUGUUCACUCUGGGGCAGUUUUGGCACUGUCUACCCUGGAGGGUCCCCAGGAAAUCUCCUUACUCUGUUCCUAUGGCAUGGAUCGUAUUUUAUACCUGACAGAGGCUGUGCUUCAGAAGAACAAGGUAAUUCUGCAGCCCAUAAACAAAAUUCUAUGUGCUUGUGCCCUAACACAUGUGAUACUCUUGCCAGGUUCAGUGGGUGCUAUCACUGAGAACCACUGCUGGCGUCUCUGGCACUACCAAAAUUUUCUGAAAUCUUCAGAAUCAAAACAAAGUUCUGUGUUUAAAGAAACAAAAUGCCUGCACCAAUGUGCAAUAACUUCAUUUGAUGUCUGCUAUUCCCUGAAACUUUUUGUCACAGGGGGCAUUGAUGGCUCAGUCCGGAUCUGGGAUUUCCAUGGUAGGCUUAUAACUGAGUUGGAUUCAGCAUUGGAUUUUGGCCCACUCUGCUUUGCCAAUAAUCGGGGUGACCUGCUUUUGACUUUCAACCAGAGUCUUUACCUGGUAUCCUGCUUAAAUUUGCUCCCUCCUACUCAGCUGAUUCACCUAGCUAACCUAAGCAGUGCAGAUGAUAUACAAGAAGUCCCUAAACCCUUUCUGCCUAGUUUCUUCCUUUCUUUUGAAAGAGUAUUUGUACCCAAAUUUGUUUACCUUGGACAAGGGCUCCAGGAAUUACAGGGUCUAGAAGCCCUUGUUAACAAACGGGUCAUUGCCUUUGACAACACUGUGCCCCAUGUUGUAGAGGAAGAGAGACAUAUGUCCACUGUGAUUCAAGUGGAACCCAAAUUAUACUUUUCAGGGGAUAAGAAUAUUGCUUUUGACCCCAAGCAUAAUAGUCCUCCACACAUGGUUCCUGCUCAGUUACAACUUGCUGACUGGGAUGGAUUGAACUAUUACCAUAUGUUACAUUGCUUCUUUGGUAAAGGGCAGCAAUGGCCCUUCGCUCCUGAUGGCUACAUCCCCAACUCAGUUAUCCGUGCCCGCCUUUGGCCUGAUGGUACCCCAAUCUUCUUACGCUAUGAUCUGUACCAAGAUAAGGACUGGGACAUGACCAAACUUGUCAGAUCCCUGACACUGUCACCUGUGACUCUACUAGAAGAGAACGUCUCAAUGAAAAAAGAGGAUAAAUCCAAGAAGUGGAAAAAAACUUUCUAUGAUAUUCUAGUAAGUAUGAUAAACCAAAAUUGGACAGGAAGAAAAUUGGAUGAAGAACUUAUAAAUCAUUUAAUUGAGGCCAUCCUCAACCUCACAAUUUACUGUUCUGUAGAUCAAUAUAAGACAUAUAUUACUGUCCUGGCACAAUUUUUUUCCACUUAUCAAGUAUCUCCAAGAUUGUGCUAUGAGGCUGCCUGUCGCCUAAUGGAAGAUACAGUCCAUCCCAAUCCAUGCAUCCGUGAGCUAGCCUGGGAGGGGCUGGAGAGGCUAGGCAUCCUGAGCCAUCUCUUUGCUGUUCCACUGGCUAUAGGAUUGAUGGACAGUGAUGAGAAUGUGCGGGCUAAGGCCUUACACCUUAUGAUAAGAGUCACAGGCAUCCAAACCAAGACUAUGCUGGUAGGCCUGCUGAGGAAAGAAGAAACCUUCCGAGAAAUGCAGCAAGAAUUUAUUGGAGAAGCCUCUCUGGACCAGCUACUGGGGAUCCAAGCUAAAGAUAUCCAGUGCCUGCUUACUCAGGUAAAGCAGCGGCUAAAUGAAAACUUGACCUUGUCAUAUAGAGACCAACAACCUACUUUUCAUUCAGACAUAUCAAUGGCUGGCGAACCUGAGAUGCUUGUCAAACAAAUAGUCGAGGAGAGCCUGAGUGAGAAGGAGAGCCUGAAUGAGGAGGAGGAGGAGAAGAGCCUGAGUGAGGAGGAGGAGGAGGAGAGCCUGAGUGAGGAGGAGGAGGAGGAGAGCCUGAGUGAGGAGGAGGAGGAGGAGGUGAGCCUGAGUGAGGAGGAAGAGGAGGAGGAGGAGAGUCUGAGUGAGGAGGAGGUGGAGGAGGAGGAGGUGGAGGAGGAGGAGGUGGAGGAGGAGGAGGAGAGCCUGAGUGAGGAGGAGGAGGAGGAGAGCCUGAGUGAGGAGAGACGUGAACAUAGGUCCAAAGGUAAGAGGUGGAAGCAGUUCUUUAAGUACCAGGAUUCCCCAGUGGGGAAAACUGAAGGCCAGGUCCCAGGGCCAGCCCCAGCGCUAGCCCCAUCCCUUACUUCUAUACCAGCCAAAAGGCCAUGCCACUCAGAAGCAAGCUUCUCAGAUGAGGACUGGAUUACCAAUGCCUUAAUAAGACUGGAAGCAGGAGAGCAGCUUUCCAGGGACAGUUUCCAUAGACUGCACCAGCAUCUCAGAGAUUUCAUUUCAAAGGGAUAUUUGAAAUGGAUGCAUCUGUGCAGUCUUAAAGCCAUUGCUAAACACCUCAGGCAGAACCUAGAAGUAAGUCACACAGACAUAUCACAGCCCUCUAAGGAUGUUUUGAGUCCAGUGCACUUAAAAGUGAUCCCUCCAAUUAGAAGAAAACAAAAAGAGAGCUGGCUAGAGCCAUUAUCUAUUGUUGAGCCAGUGUUACCAUCAGCUACCAGGAGGAUUCGAGUCCCAAAGGCCAAUUUACACUGGCAUCUCUUAGGAGAACCUUACAGGAGUGCGCGGGUACAGCAGUUAUCCAAUGCUCUCAGAGAGAUGGAAAUGAAACACUUUUAUCCUGCUGCAAGAGAGAUUUUCACAGGUGCCCAUGCCUCUGUGGACAAACAAACUCUAGCACUGAUGUUUCAGAAGGAUAUCAGGGCUUUUAAGGGAAAAGACAGGCCCCUCAAGUUGCCUAAGUUGAAAAAGGCACAGACCACCUCUAAAAAAAAGGAAGAGGUGCCUCAGUGGGAGACAUUUGUGGCACUGUAUUAUGUUUUGCAGAUGUUGCAGCAACGAUAUGCAAAAGACAGCACUGCUUGGAUGGAACAGUUUUACCAACUCAUGGAUCUGUACCAAUUUAAGUCCCCUCAAAUCCAGAGGCUUCUACUAGAGUUGCUGCACAGAGAAGAACUCCAACCCCGAGAGAUUAUGUACCAAAAGGCCCUGAAAACUCAGGAGCUAGUCCCUGGUGAACGGUUGUUCUGUGGCCUGUUUUGUGGUCAUUCCCAUGUCCCUGCAGGUCCUCUCAAGUUCCAGAACGUUGUACCACUGCCUGGGAAAAGCAGAGUGCAUACUAUCCAACCUGUGGGCAUUGCCCAGUAUGGGUUCCUAGAACUUGCCUGGAAAAACCUACCACAAGUCAAUUCUUACCUUAUUGAGAGGCUGCCCAACAUCCCUACUCCUACUCUAUGA